AGUCCAGAUUUUAAAGAACUUUGAAAUUUGGAUGUUAGGUAGAUAGACAGGAAGGACCAUUGUAGAUUUUUAAGCAGGAAAGGACAUGAGCAGCUAUCCAUCAGGAAGAUAGAUGUAGAAGUCAUUUUAUAGUUGAAGCUGAGGAAUGAGGAGGGUCUAAAUUAACUGAAGUAGCUUUGAAAAUGAAGAAGAUGGGUUAAAAAUCCUGAAGAUAUAAAAUGUCAGUCAACUUUAGUGAAAAUUGGGUUAAGACCUGGAGAAAAAAAUUGAUUGGGUGAAGUAAAUUGGUACCAAGGUUAAUGUCACUAUCUUUUCAUAUAUACCUUCCUUGUAGCUCUGAGGGAAGCCUGAUCAAAUAAAAGGGUCUUCUGCACAGAGUUUUGCUUACCUCCCUUUCCUCUGCCCCUCUUUUUGUCUCCUUAAUGUCUGGGGAAGAAGUAAAGCACAAAGAAAGGAGGAGAAAAUAUAAAGAGCAUGUAAAGGAAAAGAGAGAGGUUAAAUUCAGCAUUUCAUUUUGUCAGUUGAAAUUGGUUUUAACAGCCUCAUUUCCCUUUAAAAAAUCUGGCCAGUAUAAUUAAAAUAAAUUAUUUAACAAGAAACACUUUUUGUGUGUGUGCAUGGCCAAAAUAACAUGAUUGCAUAAUCAUUAAUGUUAUAAUUAGGAACUAAGUAUGAAAUGUUACUCUCCACAUGAAGUCUUUUAUUGCUGAUUUGUUGAUUAUAUAUAGGGACAAUUCAUUGCAUUUGAUGUUAUCUCAAUUUUCUUCACAUCUAGAAUAGUCCUGACACUAGCUUGUCGAAGGCACCAGACCAGUAAUCCUGCAGAAAGUCCUGCAUUUUUAUUUUGUCAGAUUGCUUCUUUGGUGUCAUCAGGCCAAUUCUUCUAGUUCUCAAUCAAGGCAUGCCCAAAGAAAAAUACGAGCCCCCUGACCCUCGGAAGAUGUACACAAUUAUGUCCACUGAGGAAGCAGCGAAUGGAAAGAAAUCACACUGGGCAGAACUUGAAAUAAGUGGAAGAGUAAGAAGCUUGAGCUCAUCUUUGUGGUCACUUACUCACCUGACAGCUUUGCAUCUGAGUGACAAUUUCCUGUCCCGUAUUCCUUCAGACAUUGCCAAGCUUCACAAUCUGGUGUAUCUGGACCUGUCCUCAAACAAAAUCCGGAGUUUACCAGCAGAACUCGGAAACAUGGUAUCACUCAGGGAACUCCAUUUAAAUAACAACCUGUUACGAGUUCUACCUUUUGAGAUGGGAAAACUGUUUCAGUUGCAGACUUUAGGCCUGAAAGGAAAUCCACUUACCCUGGAUAUAUUGAACCUCUAUCUGGAACCAGAUGGAACAAAAAGGCUACUUAACUACUUGCUUGAUAAUUUGGCAGGUACUGCAAAAAGAAUUUCAACAGAACAACCACCUCCAAGAUCUUGGAUUAUGUUACAAGAACCAGACAGAACAAGACCAACUGCCUUGUUUUCUGUCAUGUGCUAUAAUGUUCUUUGUGAUAAAUAUGCGACCCGGCAGUUAUAUGGCUACUGUCCAUCAUGGGCACUAAAUUGGGAUUACAGGAAAAAGGCCAUUAUUCAAGAAAUCCUGAGCUGCAGUGCUGAUAUCAUAAGUCUUCAGGAGGUUGAAACAGAACAGUAUUACAGUUUUUUUCUGGUAGAACUGAAAGAACGUGGCUAUAAUGGAUUCUUUAGUCCUAAAUCUAGAGCUAGGACAAUGUCAGAACAAGAAAGAAAGCAUGUUGAUGGCUGUGCAAUAUUCUUCAAGACAGAAAAAUUUACUUUGGUUCAGAAACACACUGUUGAAUUUAAUCAGCUAGCAAUGGCAAAUUCAGAAGGGUCUGAAGCUAUGCUGAACAGAGUUAUGACAAAAGAUAACAUUGGAGUUGCAGUACUACUAGAACUUCGAAAGGAAUUGAUUGAAAAGUCAUCUAAUACAGCAGGAAAGCCACAUCUUGGAACAGAAAAACAACUUCUUCUCGUGGCUAAUGCUCAUAUGCAUUGGGACCCUGAGUACUCUGAUGUGAAGUUAGUUCAAACGAUGAUGUUUCUCUCAGAAGUGAAGAACAUUAUUGAUGAAGCCUCACGAAGCCUCCACUCGAGCGCAUUGGGAGAAUUGGGAAAUAUUCCACUGGUGUUGUGUGCAGAUCUUAAUUCUUUGCCAGACUCUGGUGUUGUAGAAUAUUUGAGCACUGGUGGAGUAGAAACAAAUCAUAAAGACUUUAAGGAACUGAGAUAUAAUGAAAGUCUUACGAACUUUAGCUGUAAUGGGAAAAAUGGGACAACCAAUGGAAGGAUCACUCAUGGCUUCAAGUUAAAGAGUGCCUAUGAGACUGGCCUGAUGCCUUACACAAAUUACACGUUUGAUUUCAAGGGUAUAAUUGACUACAUCUUCUAUUCUAAGCCUCAGCUGAACACCUUAGGCAUCCUGGGACCUCUGGACCACCACUGGCUAGUUGAGAAUAAUAUCAGCGGCUGCCCACACCCACUUAUCCCCUCCGACCACUUCUCACUUUUUGCACAGCUGGAGCUCUUACUGCCUUUCCUGCCCCAAGUUAACGGCAUUCACCUUCCUGGCAGGAGGUAGUCAAGUACCUUCAGAAGACGACCUCAAUUUCACUUGUAAACUUAUAAAAAAAUCUGAAUAUAGGGGAGUGAGAUAUGGCCAUUAGGGAUUUUUUUUUAUUAAUGAUGAUUUGAGUUUUCAAUCUUCUUAUUUGAUAGGGAUAUAGUGUGAGAGCCAGGUGCUAGCAACAGACAAAUUCUGAGCCCAAUAUGCUUUAUAUACUGUUGGACAGGGAUUGGUGUGUUUGCACCUAUCUUUAAUUUUCCUGUUUCUUCUAUCCAAUAUAGUAUUUUCAUGCCUUGAAAUAGGAAAAUGUUUGAACAGCAUAUUCUCUUUGCACAGAAAUCUAUAGUACUACUUUUCUGAGGCCAGUAAUAACAUCCAGAGACCAUUCUCCAUACUUUACUCCCUUCUUUUUCAGACAUAUUUGUAAAAUACAGAAUUUGAAUUUAGCCUUUAUGAUUGUAUAUGAUCCACAGAAGACCUGAUUUAUGAAAUUUUGUACUAAAAAGAUCAGAUUUGGAAAUGAUUGUAUUGUAAAUUAAGGCUAAGCUUUUGUUUGUGUGUGUUUUUUACACCGGUUUCAUGUUAUAAAGGCCAGCUGGUAAAAGAAGCUGCAACAGACUUUCUCUGCGGAGGAGUUGCACUGCUGCGUUUUCUUGGCUGUUUUGUGCUACUUUGUUACUAAAUGGAGAAACUUACUCUUUAAACCUAUUUAAAUCUUAGGACAUUUUUUCGUGAAUUCUGGGUUUUUACAAAAACUAUCUAUCUACCAGGACAGAUAAGCUGAGCAGUGAUGAUCUGUAGGCAUUUAUGGACUGAAUAUAAUGAUAUAUGUACAUUCUGAUAUUUUUAAAUCUUUAACUUUUUUUAAGUUAAAAAAUUACAGCUGCUUAGGUACAGCUUUUUAACUCCUUUUUGAGAAACCUCCUGUCUAUCUCCACGGUGCCUGCCUACAUUGUUCUCCCCGAGCACUGCCUGUGCAUGCAGAGAGAAUCUGUGCAUCUUCUCUUAUAGUUUUAAAUACUGUUGGCCAUUUGUGAGGAUUUUAUGGAAAUGCUUUUGUAUGAGCUGUGACUUUUUUCCCAUUGUAAAGCAUUGAAUAUCACAUUUUGGACUUAGGGUGAAUCCCUGGGUCUUUGCUCACUAGACCCAAGCACUGCUUCUUGGUGUCACUCACAGUGCUGUCACCCAGAAUACUACUAUCAUGUGAAGUCUUUUUGUUUUCCAUGUAUGCCUUAGUCUCCAUGUUUUUCUUUUAAAAAAUCAUUCCUUUUUUUUUUUUUAAGUAAUUUUCCGUUUAUGAAACAGUUAUAAAUGAGAUGUAUUUUCAAAACAGGUCCUUAAGGCAAUUCUUCAGAUCAUUUUUGAAGUGACUAAGCUAUUUUAACAUGUCAACCAAGAUAAAAGUUAUAUUGUACCCUGUAUAUUUGCCCAUAGUGUCGUUAGUAGAUUAGAGAUUAAAGCCAGCUUUAACUUUACAAAGUUAA